GCAAAGCAACCAACACACACGCACGCACACACACGCACACACGAAGAGGCUGAGGCUGAGGCGUGCCCUCGAGAAGGCAGGCAGCACUUUCUUGUCUCCUUUACCACCAUCACCCUCGCCCCUUUCUCUCCCUACGCACGAUGGCUCAAGCCACCGCCCAGCUCACGGCUGCAGCCGCCCAACGCCGCACUGCCCGCCGUGAUGGGAAUGGCAAGGAGCCCAGCUCUGCCGUUCCCACUUCAACGGGCUACGUCUACGAUCCGGAGAAGCCUUCUACUUGGAUCCCCAAUGAGAGCCCCUGCACCAUCUUCGAGUGGCCGCUCACUGGACUCAAGGAGGUCUUCGAUACGAGUAAGCAGGAGACGAAGAGUAAAGUGCUCAAGAGCGUGCCGUUUGGUGGGGGCAGGUGGAGUAUAUUGUUCUAUGCUCAGAGUGGACAUGAUCAGUACUGCUCUCUCUACCUCAAUGCUGAGCCACUCGAGUCGGAGCGCACCACGUCUCUCCAGGGCAGAGGAACCCCGUACGCCGAAGGUGGUCCUCCUCGUGCAGCCUGGAGCGGUGGUCAGAGCGAGCCUUCCUGGGCUCGAGAAGGCAAGUAUCGCUUCAACUUCACCAUCCAACGACCAGACAAGUCGCACGUACUCGGCCAGAAAGAUGCGCAGGAUCAUUCGUUCAGCAGCAAGACGAGCAACUGGGGUUGGGCCCAAUUCGCCAAGCGUGACGUAGUCUUCUACGACGACCCCAAAGUCAAAGAGACGGACUGUUUCCUCAUCACUGUUAGCAUUCAAGGGUCGCCGGAAAAGGCCGUCACCGAGCAGCCUACGGGAAUGGUGGUGCCUCCAGCCCUGCUCAGCGCUAUGGGCUCCCUUCUCGACGAUCCUGAGCACAGCGACGUCGUCUUUGUACUUGACCAGCCACGCCGCCGCGAUUCCACGUCUAGGGCCCCGCCGAGACAGAUCUACGCCAUCAAGAAGAUUCUCGCCUCUCGCUCACAAUACUUUCGUAGCAUGUUCUCUGGAGGAUUCGCCGAGGCCGAGCUCUCAGAAGGCCACACGUCCGCUGAGAGCCUUGCCGGUCCUUCACACGAUGGCGACGACGCGCCCCGAGCCGCCAAGUCGUCAGCCCGCAGGGCAUCUACCUCCUCGCGCAAGUCAUCGUCUUCGUCUUCCUCCCACUCCCACUCCCACUCUUCUGCAGCCGCUUCAGAGGAGGACAGCUUCGAUGCUUACGAGCGCAUCCUCGAGGACUCGGACGCCGAGAUUGACGAAAUGGAAGCUAUGGAGAUGGAGGAGGACAAUGAUGAUGAUGGUGCUGGCGAGGAGAGCGACGGAUACGAGUCUGCCUCUGCUCCGAGCAACAAUAACAGUCGUACCGACCUGACAGCGCUCAAGAAGGCGACGUCGUCGUCGAGGACGGCCAAGGCCAGCGCAGCCCGCAAGUCCGGGUCCAGCUCCAAGUCGAACGCAACCACAACAAGUCGCCGUCGCAGUAUUCGCGGGGUGGCACAGGGGAAGGACACAACUACUACGAGCAGCAGCACGGCCCGCGCAGCGCAGCAUCCCUACGACAAUCGUCGUCGUCGUCGCGUCGUAAUACCGGACAGCUCCUACGCGACAUUCAAGGCUCUCCUCUACUUCCUCUACACGGACACCAUCGAGUUCGCGCCAUUGACUUCGAGCUUCCUCGACUCCGCCUCCACCACCUCGUCCAAGCGCGGAGGCAUGACAGCGAGCACCUCAACGACCAGCCCUUCCGGCUUCGCCAAGCACACUAGCUCCGGCGUCGACUCAGCCCCCUUCAACGACUUUGCCAGCGAAGUCCUCCAAGCAUACAAGGCGCGCCAAGCCAUCAUUACUUCGUACGUCUCUUCGCACCCAACCCGCCCUGCCCCUUGCUCAGCCAAGGCAAUCUAUCGUCUUGCGGAUAAGCUGGAUCUCCCCGACCUGCGCGCACGCGCUCAGGCGCACAUUGCCAGCCAAUUGACGGUGGGCAACGUGGUGUGGGAGGCCUUCAGUAGUUUCGCGAGCAGACACACGGCGAUUAGGGAUGUGCAGCUUGCCUUCUUGUAUAGCAAGUGGGGUGAGGUGAAAAAGACAAAGGCUAUGCGCUGUCUCUUGAUGAGGAGCGGGAGUGGAGCUCAUCCGGGCUUGCCGGAGGUUUGGCCGCAGCUUUUGAGUCAGUUGGAGUAUAGGCAGCCGAGUGACGAGGGAGAGGGGCACGAGGGGGAGGGACAGGAGGGCAAGCAGGUGGGAGAGACUUGAGUGAGAGGAGCAGGUGGCAGAAUUGCUCGUCCAUCCCUUGACAGCCUUGUCCGACAGGGCAUCAUCGUAUCGCGUAUUGGUUUUCUCGACUCUCACCAGCAUCCAACAUACCACUAUCACUCGCCCCGCUCGCCUUCCACUUCCACACACCUCUCUUCACUCCUUUCUCACUUUGUUUCCAUCUCGCUACACGUCAUCAUUCAUACCAAUGUCGCGGCCUUGCUUUGUCUGAAUGCCAUCUUACCACCGUCAU